CUCCUCCCUCGUGGGAAAGUUCUGCUGGAGCUUCCCCAUCUCACCUCCGCUCCGUUCUCGGAGCCAGCCUGGUAGACGGGAAAGGAGAUGGAGGAGCAGGACCCAGAAGGAUCAGCAAGGAAAGACCCACACCUCCUCCAGGCAGGGAGUGGGGCUGAAUUCUGGGAAGGAGCUGUGCCGGAGAUCCUGCAUCAGGACCCUGGGACUUCAGAGGAACAUCGCCAGCGUUUCCGGCAGUUCUGCUACCAGGAAGGUGCCGGGCCCCGAGAGGUUUGCAGCCAGCUCCAUGGACUUUGCAAGCAGUGGCUGGAGCCGGAGCGGCACUCCAAGAAGAAGAUCCUGGACCUGGUGAUCCUGGAGCAGUUCCUGGCCCUCCUGCCCGAGGACAUGCAGUGCUGGAUCAGAGAAUGUGGACCGGAGACCAGUUCCCAGGCGGUGUCCCUGGCCGAAGGUUUCCUCCUGAGUCAGGCAGAGGAGAAGCGGCAGGUGGAGCAGAUGUGGGGACGCUCUGUGAAGGCGGAAGUAAAUUUCUCUGAGGAGGAAGGGUCUCCUCUGGAGGAAGAGCAGAAGGCCCAGGCCCAGGAGAGUUCCCAAGAUGCCCUCUCAUGUGGUAAGGGUGCCUUGUGCCCAGUUUUGGGCCCAUUGUGAAGUUGUUGG